AUGGUAGCUGUUUUCAACAAAGAGCUAUUGAGUUGGUACCUUAUCACCCUUAAACUCAGAGAAACCUUAGAAUCAGGGAUUCCGCCGUCGUCUCGAUCGAUUGAGUUACCUCAGCAGCAGCAACAGAAGCUUGAGCAUCAACCUGCAGAAUCAUUGCAGGUUUUUCUUAACAACCAAGAUGUUGAAAAUUUACAAGAGGAAGCAAGCGCACCGGAAUCGGAAUGGGUGAUCUCCAUCAAGGAAAAACUCGAGGAGGCGAAUCAAGACGAUGUAGUGAGUUCGUGGACCAAGCUAUCAAUCUAUAAAAUCCCUCAUUACCUUAGAGACUGUAGUGGUGACGACAAAGCAUAUGCGCCACAGAUUGUGUCUAUAGGACCUUACCAUCAUGGCAAGAAACGUCUUCGACAAAUGGAACGUCAUAAAUGGCGUUCCAUUAAUCAUGUCCUUAAGAGGACGGAACAUGACAUUAGGCUUUAUCUUGAUGCGAUGCAAGAGAUGGAAGAAAGAGCGAGAUUGUGUUACGAAGGAAUGGUCGGGUUUAGCAGCAAUGAGUUUGUGGAAAUGUUGGUUCUUGAUGGUUGUUUUGUGCUUGAGCUAUUUAGAGGAGCUACACAAGGGUUCAAGGAACUUGGUUAUUCGAGAAACGAUCCUGUUUUCGCGAUGCGUGGAUCGAUGCAUUCGAUUCAACGAGAUAUGAUCAUGCUAGAAAAUCAGCUUCCUCUUUUCAUAUUAGAUUUGCUUCUGGGAAUUCAGCUUGGUAAACCGGAUUUGAAAGGACUUGUUGCGAAUCUAGCACUCAGAUUUUUUGACCCUUUAAUGCCAACAGAUGAACCAUUAACAAAAAGUGAUAUAAAUAAACUCGAAUCAACAUAUAGAAAAAGCACUACCAGUGACACCUUUGAUCCCUUAUCCGAUCAAAGCGGUCUUCACUGUCUCGAUGUAUUCAGGAGAAGCUUAUUGCGCACGGGACCUCAACCAGCAACUAGAAUAUGGAUCAAGCGCAGGUCGAACGCGAAUAGAGUAGCAGACAAACGGCGCCAACAGCUGAUACAUUGUGUCACUGAGCUAAAAGAGGCUGGAAUCAAGUUCAAAAAACGGAAAACCGAUCGCUUCUGGGAUAUUAAAUUUAAAGACGGAAUUCUGCGAAUUCCGAGACUCUUGAUUCAUGAUGGUACAAAAUCUUUGUUUCUAAACCUCAUUGCAUUUGAGCAGUGUCAUCUUGAUUGCAGUAAUGACAUAACAUCUUAUGUUAUCUUCAUGGACAAUUUGAUUAACUCUCCGGAAGAUGUUGGGUACCUUCAUUACCACGGGAUAAUCGAGCACUGGCUAGGCAGUGAUGCCGAAGUCGCAGACCUUUUCAACCGGUUAUGCCAAGAGGUUGUGUUUGACAUCAAUAACAGUUACCUUUCUCCAUUAUCGGAGUCUGUGAAUAGAUACUAUAAUCAUAGAUGGAAUACUUGGUGUGCAAGCUUGAGACACAACUACUUCAAUAACCCUUGGGCUAUUAUCUCUUUUGUUGCUGCUGUUGUGUUGUUGCUACUGACUUUUGCACAAACCUAUUACAGUGUUUAUGGAUAUUAUAGACCAGCACAGUAA